AUGAUUUUACAAUCGUUUAAAGAGAAAUGGUUUAAUAGAACAAUAAAUAAUGAUAACGAACCAAAUAAAAUAAGGUCUAGAAGGCCAUUGAAUACUUCAUUUCGACAACAGCGGUUAAAAGCAUGGCAUUUAAUUUUGUCUCCUCAAAGUGUAUUGCCACUUCUGAUCUUAAUUUCGUGUAUGUUUGCUCCUAUUGGAAUUGGAUUAUUAGUAAGUAGCACAAGUGUUCAAGCAAUUUCAAUUGAUUAUACGGAGUGUGAUAGUCUGAUAGUUGAUAGUAAUUAUGUUGAAAUUCCAGAGAGUUACAUUAGCUAUAAUUUUAAAAAAGCUAUGAUCACAAAGCCACAAUGGAGAUUAAUAAGCGAGGCUAAUAGUGAGGAUUUGGUUUGCCAAUUACAAUUCGAAAUACCUAACACGAUUAAGGAAUCUACAUAUAUAUAUUAUAAAUUGACUAAUUUUUAUCAAAACCAUAGAGAAUAUGUUGAUUCAGUUGACUUGGAUCAAUUAAAGGGUAAGGCUUUGAGUCCUAGUAGCUUACGAGAUAAAUGUGAUCCAUUAAGGAAACUUGAUGGCAAGGCAGUGUAUCCGUGUGGACUCAUAGCAAAUUCGAUAUUCAAUGAUACGUAUUCCCAUCAAUUGACAGGGUUCAAUGGAACGGAAAACUUUUUAUUAACAAACAACCACACAGCAUGGAGCACAGAUAAACAUAGAUACAAAAAGACUUCAUAUAAUGCAUCUCAAAUAGUUCCACCUCCUAAUUGGUAUAAAAAAUUCCCAAAUGGCUACACAGAUGAUAAUAUUCCGGACUUGCAAAAUUGGGAAGAAUUUAAAAUAUGGAUGAGACCUGCAGGACUUCCAACAUUCCAUAAACUAAUAUUAAAAAAUGAUACAGCUGUAAUACCACAAGGACAAUAUGUAGCAAAUAUUGGUUUAAAUUAUCCAGUAAAAUCAUUUGGUGGAACAAAAUCUUUUGUCCUAACUACAAACUCCAUUGUUGGUGCCAAGAAUAAUUCAUUGGGAAUACUAUAUCUAGUUGUUGCAGGAAUAUCAGUUGUGUUCGCUCUAAUAUUUCUGGUGAAAGUAAUAGCUCAACCUACAAAAGUAGAAAAUAUAUCAUACUUAGAUUAUCACAAAGCUAAAAUAUCACAUCCAGAGGAAGAAGAGCCACCAAUUGAUAGAAACUUUAGGGAAAUUUUAUAA